AUGGCGUAUGGCGAUAGUAGAAGCUUCAAAAUUAAUUUGCAUCGUCGUCACCAUCUUCGGUAUGCUAUCCUUUUCCAAACCAUCAUGGUGUAUCUUAUCAAUUAUUGUACCUUUGCAGGUAUAGCAUCUUUAUUGCUUCCAGGAGGUCGUACAGCUCACUCCAGGUUCAAAAUUCCACUUAAACCAAACGAGACUUCGAGUUGUAAUGUGAUUAAGCAACAAGAACUUGCCAUGUUACUCAAAAAGACAGAUCUAAUUAUUUGGGAUGAAGCUCCGAUGGUGCAUCGACAUGCAUUUGAAGCAGUUAAUAAAACUAUGAUUAAUAUAAUGAUAACGGAUGGUAAUGUUGCUAAUACACCCCCGUUCGGUGGUAAAACUCUUGUGUUGGGCGGUGACUUUAGGAAAAUAUUGCCGGUGGUUACUAAAGGGUCAAGAGAACAGAUAGUAGAUGCAUCAAUAAGCAGGUCGCCACUGUGGGAGAAAUUUAAGAUUUAUGAGCUUAGUAGAAAUAUGCGAUUAAUUAACACUGACGCAGAUGCUGUUGAGCAACAGAAAAUUAAAGAAUUUGCCAAGUGGGUUCUUGAUGUUGGAAAUGGUAGGAUACCUGCUAUUGCAAUUAAUGAAUCAGAGGAGAAGAGCUGGAUACAAAUUCCAGAUGAUCUUUUGAUAGAAUGUGAACAAGAUCAUCUGCAUAAGAUGGUUGAAACUAUGUACUCAGAUCUACUUGCAAACAUGCACGUCCAUGAAUAUCUGAAAAAUAGGAGUAUAUUAGCACCAACAAAUAAAAGUGUAAAGGAGAUAAACGAUCAUGUGCUAGCAAUGAUACGCAGAUACGAGUAUGAACUAUUAAGUGCUGAUUCCAUCGAUCCAGAAUCAUAUAACUACCAGGAAGCUGUGGUAUUCUAUCCGAAAGAAUUUUUGAAUGAAAUGGAGGUGUCGGGAUUGCCAAGCCAUAAUCUGUUCUUAAAGGUUGGUGUUCCUAUAAUGCUUCUCAGAAACAUUGACCAGGCAGAAGAUUUGUGCAAUGGUAUUAGGGUGGUCGUUAAAGAAGUUGGAAAGAAUGUAAUUCAGGCAGUUGUGGUGACGGGAAAGGACGCUGGAAGGACAGUUUUGAUGCCGAGAAUAGUGAUGACUUUAUCGGAGACAGAUCAUCCAUUCAUUCUGCGCAGGAGACAGUAUCCACUAAAAGUGUGCUUUGCAAUGACGGUGAACAAGAGUCAGGGUCAGAGUUUGCCGAAUGUUGGAAUUUAUUCGGAUGAGCCUGUUUUAUCUCAUGGUCAGCUGUAUGUUGCAGUGUCGAGAACUACUAGUCGACAAGGGCUAAAAAUAGCCAUAAAGAAGAGGGAGGGCGAACCAGAAGGACGAAUGAGGAACAUAGUCUAUCAAGAAAUUUUCAACAAUCUGAAGUAUGACCAGAAUAUACCGUAUCUUACCCAAGAUGCAUUAACACUUUAA